ACUUUCGCCAAUACGGUCCCACCUUGAGUAAUACCCGAGUUAAAUUACUAAUAACAAAGGCUGGUUCAGCGGAAAAAGGACCAGUGAGGACGCCCCAACGCUGCCACACGCCCACAGUCACCGCACAAAUGCCGAAGAAUGGCGACGCCGGCAACCGGAGCGGUUCCGGGACCACCAGCGACGGCUGCAUCUAUCCGGACGACGUCAUAAUGGGCGUGGGUGUUGCAUUCAAUGUCCGAUACACGGGCUGCGUGGAGGUGAAGACCUCAAUGAAAUCCCUGGAUUUUGAGACCCGGACGCAGCUGGCGCGGGAGUGCAUUAACCGGGUGUGCGAGGCGGCCGGCCUAAAGUCUGCUGGCAAGCGGAGAUUAACCAGCUUCAUAUCGGAUCGCCCCAGCAUGCAGCACGCCGGCACCAACAUAAUCAUUAACGUUUCCAGCCGAGCUCUGUCCCUGAGCAACGUGGAAACGGGCGAGGUGAUUGCCAAUCACAAUAUGCCGCGCAUAUCAUUCGCCUCCGGCGGUGACAAUGACACCCUCGACUUCCUGGCCUACAUUGCCAAGAACGAGGAUGAAUGGCGGGCCUGCUAUGUCCUCGAAUGCGCUGGCGGUCAAAGCGAGGAUCUAAUAGUGACCAUUGGCAAGGCCUUUGCCCUGCGUUUCAACGCGCUCAGUCGCCUCAAUGAUCCCUCCGGGGAUUGCAAUAUCAAUCAGAGCUGCAAGGAGAAUGUGAAGGAGUACUACAACGAUUUGCCAAACAAGCUGCCACCGGAGUUGCCGGAACAACAACAGCAGCAGCAGGUGCAGCAGCCACUGCACCCGCAUGCGCCGCGUGUGGCACAGCUGAAUCUAAAGAAGCCACGCGAUCGACUGAGCAGCAACCUCAUCGACCUCAACUCCCCGCCACCCGAUCAAACGACCAAUAAGCUGGGUCACUUUGAUCCCCUUCAAGCGACCACGGCGCCCAACACCGUUUUGGCCACAGUACGCGAUGUGUUCGAUGGACCGCAGUGUCCACUAACGGCGGAGGUGUGGUUCCAUGCGGGCAUCUCGAGACCAAUUUCAGAGCGCUUGCUACAGCAGGAUGGCGACUUCCUGGUGCGCGAGUCACAGGGAAAGCGGGGCCAGUACGUGCUAACCGGAUUGGAGGGCAAGACGCCGAAGCAUCUCCUGCUCAUCGAUCCUGAGGGCGUGGUCCGUACCAAAGAUCGCAUCUUUGACAGCAUAAGCCACCUGAUCAACUACCACUGGGCACAUUCACUGCCCAUUAUAUCGGAGGACUCCGAGCUGGUCUUGCGUACUCCGGUGCGAAGACCACAACAAGAUCAGGCUGCAGCUUCCAUUGCAACAGCAUCUUCCUGAACCGGAGGGCACUAUCAUACGUAUACUUACCACCCUUCAUAUACAUAAAUAUAUACAAAUAUUAGCAUCUGCGUACACCCUUAGAUUUAAAUAUUGUGCACUCGUAGAGAAUAUCUUUUAUAUAUCGUCUGUAUAAAAACGAAACCAUAUAUUUAUGGAUUGAAUAUAUACAUAUUUACAAAUA